UCCAAUAUCUACUUAAGUAAAUUUAUUAUAAUUAAAAAACUUUACAUUGAAGGUCGCUUUAUUAUUUCACAAUAAUGUCGAAUAGUCAAACCGCUGAACGGGAGUGUGGCGCGAGAUAAAUCAGCUUGUUUUCCUUAUCAAGAUUAUAAUAGUGAUAAAAAUAUCCAAGAGAAAACUAUACAUCGGUUACUUGUCACGUGGAAGUCAACGUUUGUGCUCUUACUGCGCCAAAAUGUUAGCUAAAAUAUUCACCACCGUCAAAUAUACUUUAAUAACAGUUAAUUUUUUAUUUCUGGUGACUGGAAUUAUAAUACUAUCCGUGGGUAGUUCUGUGCAGUCCGCGUACAAUGGUUACCAUGAAUUUCUGUCUGAAAGAUUUUUCUCCCUUCCCGCGUUUUGCAUCGCGACUGGUAUUAUCAUCUUCCUCAUUUCUUUUGCUGGUUUUUACGGAGCAUUUAUGGAAAACUAUUACAUGAUUCUAGCGUUUGCCGGAUCUAUGUUGUUGAUGUUCAUAUUUCAACUGUCAGCGUGUAUCUCGGGAUAUGUGUUGCGCGGUAACACAGUGGCACUCGUGCAGAAGCAGCUCAUCAGCACCAUGGAUCUUUAUGGUCCUAACAAAAACUUUGAAGUCACCAAGCUGUGGGAUGAAAUACAGUCCGAUUUUACUUGUUGUGGCGUGAUCAACUCAAGCGAUUGGCUAAGUCCAUUGAAUACCAGCAUGACUCGAGGUGUCCCUGUGAGCUGUUGCAAUCACGUCUAUGGUGCUAUUAAUACUUUCACUUGCAACACAACCGUUGCAUACGUCACUGGAUGUUCCGAAGCCUUCGGUAACUGGGUUCAGUCACAUGCUGCGGCUAUUGGAAUAUCGGGAAUCUUUCUGGUUUUAAUGCAGGCUCUAGCUGUUGCUGGUGCUGUAUGGCUGGCUAACAUAACGCGACGAGAGAGAGAGUUUCCAUAAAGUAAUAUAAUUAACACUUAUUAUUUUAAUUGUUAGGUGUAUUUUAAAAUAAAAUAAAAAUAUU